AUUGACGGAUGUGAUGAAAGGACAUAAUUUUAUAAAUUUUUCAGUAAUUUCAAGAUUUUUUCUUGAUGAAAAAAUAAUUUGAAGUUUAUUAUUUUUCUAAUUAUUUAUAACAAUAGUUAUUUUGUGUAUAAGUGUUACUAGAAUAGUUCGCCGUGGAUCCCAACAUUAGCGUGGAGAUGUGUGGAGGAGAGGGAUGGCGUGGUGGCGGGGUGGCUCGCUCUCCCUCCCAUGAAUCUGUCACCACAGACCUAUCACUCUUCAGCGUAUCCUCUGCCGCUUCAGAUGCCAGGAUACUCAGACUUUUGGCAUGCAAGGCAGGACAAGGUCCUGAUCCCAACCUCAGAGUGGCCAGUCCUAACCCAGAUAGCAAGUGUUUCAAAAGGCCGUCGGUAGCGUUGCCGUUGCAAUGUCCGGACCACUGUAGGGAGUUGUUGGCCGGGUGCGCCGCCCUCUGCGCCCAGCUCGGGCUCCGACGCUCAUUCAGCGCUGGCGAUGUGAAUACACACCAUAUUCAUCAACCGUUGAGGAGCGCUACAUCGGAGGUAGGUUUGUGUGCAGCGCUUGAAGCGCUAACACUCAGCGCUGCUUCUAGAUCUUGCAGCACUUGGGUGGCCGUGGGUGGUUCUCAGUUGCCAUCACCGCAACGAGCGAAUCCAGUACAACCAACGCAUAGACCACUACCAACUGACAACAAAAAGGUCCGUCAGAGUUAUAUAAAGCGACGUCUUCUGACGACGUAUAGAGCUUUGGAGCGGAUGUCGCAGUCAGACUUCAAUUUAGAUAGGCUAGAGGCGGCUGCCGUGUCCGCCACAACUGGAGCUUCAGGUGCCACCUUAACUGUGCCCACGCGACGAACGCAACUAGUCCAUCCCGAAGCGGCGCAUUUGGCUCUAACCGCUGCUGAUCUAGAGCGCGAACGAGGACGCCCCCUAUCGAAAUACGAGAGAAACAUGAUGAUAUUCAACUGGCUCCACACACUCGACGAGGCUGCACCAUUCUAGAAUGUUCUAUGAGAGGCUAGAAGGAUUUUAGGAAAGUUUAGAAGGUUUUAGGUAAGCCUAGAAGGUUCUGGAUAAGACUAGAAGUUUCUAAGUAAGCCUAGAAGGAACUUAUAAUUUCUAAAGUAUUCCAGAAAGUUCUAGGCAAAUCUAGUGUUAAAGGAAAGUCUAAAACAAGUGUAAAAAAAUUAAAAUCAUAGUAAUAUCAUGACAAAUUAGCUAUGCCAUAAGUAAUAUGUGUUUAUGAUUCACACACGUUGUUCUUAUCACUUAAUAUUACGACCAUAAUCACCCAGACGCAAGACAAUAUAGAUAAGUACUGUUUUCCACAUUGACAAUAUAGAGAAUCGAACCCCGGGAAUUUAACCAUGUUGCGCGAUGUUAGUUAUUUGUAAUAAUAUAUGUAAAACUUAUAUGAGAUUAUAAUAUUAGCAAAGCCAGUAUUGAUAAUAUACAAAUUUUCUCUCAUCUUGCAUAAAUAUUCAUUUUUGCUAAAAAAAAACAUUAUUUCCAAAUCCAAUCUAUAUCAUUUAAAUUAAUCUAAAUUCUAAUGAAGCAUAUCUCGUGCUUAAUAAUGAUAAUUUAUUUUAAGAAAUAAGUAUAUUGAAUUAUGUGUAUGUAAAAUUGUGUCAAAUAUAUAUGUUUCAUAUGUAGAAAUAUGAUUGAAAAAUCAGAUAAUUAUGAAAGACUUUUAAAGAAUUCGUCACUGGUAAAUUUAAAUAUAAUUAUUAAUUAGUGUCCGACCGAAACUUCGGCUUCGGCAUCGGCCACCUUCGGCCAAAAAAACCAUCUUCGGCGAAACCUUCGGCUUCGGCCCAAAACCCGGCCGAAGAAAUUGAACGAACUGUUACAAAAGACUGUUUGCAGAGGCCGCGGGGAGUUAGGGCGCUUGUGCACUACACUGAAUUUUCAGGUCCUGCGGUCCGAUUUUUUCCGGUCCCGAAUGACAUGAUAAACCCCGAUGAGUAGCGUGUGCACUUGUCCGUAUUUUUCCGGAUCGUAGCGGCGUAGUUUAGGGCAGCUCUUUUUGAAGCUACACGUCACUUACGCUCUUAGCAUACAGAUUUUUGGAACGUCUGUAAUUGCUUGCUUUAUUACUCUACGUGCAAAGACGUAGAAGACAGAAAAAAAAAUUCUGAUAGUGCACAGGCUAGCAUUACCUACAUAUGGCCUGAUAUAUCGGCCGGAAAAAAUCGGACCGUCGGACCUGAAAAAUAUCACUGUCACACUGUCAAAUAUCAUUGCAUGCGCGUCAAGACAAGUUCGUACGUGUAUCUCUAAAUCGACUUCUAUAUGAGACAGUCAUUAUAAACCUUCAUUGUAGUCCUUAAUUGUAGCUUGAAGACAAUAUUGAACAAAAUUAAUUACUGAAAGAUUAUAAACCUUCGGCUUGGGCUUCUGCCGAAGGUUGUAGCGAUUUCCGAUUAAUCGGCUUCGGCUUCGGCUUCAGCCAAAAAGAGACCUCCGGUCGGACACUAUUAUUAAUAAAUAAAUCACUUAUCUUUAAUGAAAAAGCUUAAAAAUCCAUCAACAACUAGUUGGUAUAUGCAGUUUUAUUAUUAUGAAUUUGCCAUGGAAAAAAUUAUAUGACAGUAAUAAACCUAAAAUUAGUCGUAGUUUGUGCAAUAGAUUCGCUGCUAACGUACACAAGGCCACAAAUCAGGUUAACAUGUCAAAUUUCCACAACGGAUUUGAACUCUAAUCUCAAUGUAUUAAGGUUUCAAAUCAAAUGGAGUAAUUUGACAGUUUUGUUUAACCUGUGCUCUUGACUGCACAAGUUUUGCCGUUAUAUUUAUGAAAUUAUCGCAUCAUAUUUCUAUAUAUGGAAUAUUAAUUAAAAUUGUUUGUAAAUGUGAAAUUAAUGUUGAUCGGUGUAAGGGAGUAAAGUCGUGCAUUUAACCAUUAAUGUGAUUGCAACACUAAACAAAAGAACCUUAUUUUUUUACUACAUAAAUGAAUAGUAGAAUCUUUGUUUAAACUACUCUCUGUG